AUGAAGUCUCCAUUGCUGGGUCUUUUACUUAUCCCUGUUUGCACCGGCCAUUCGAAUCAUGGUGAAGGCACCACCAUGAUCAAUAACGACAAGAAAUCAACUCGCAGACGACGGAACCUCGUGGAAUCCAUUCGCACAUAUAUUCCAAGGUCGGAAGUGGCAGAUGCCGCUGCCGUCGAUUUGGAUGUUCAUGCCAUCAAAAAUGAGUUGGGGAAACUGGACGACGAAGGAUGGACCAACGCCAUGGCCAUUUACCACCAAGGUGCCUUUAGUAAACCAAUUGCUACAGUUACGCUGAUAAAACCACUCCAAGACUCCAUAUCCUCGGGGAAAACAGUGGUGGGAAUCGCAAUGGAUGGAUCGGAAAUCGUGGGGGAAACAAUUGGAAAUGUGGGUGUGAACGAGACUAUCAUUCGGAUAGUAUACGACAAUGAUAUCACGGAGACUGGCCAUACGCAUUGCAGUGUAGGGGGGAAUCCGUCUCCGAUCGUCGAUGGAUGCUUGCAAUUUGAGGGUAACAUUACUAUUGACGACGACCAAAGUUUCCAGUAUACUUACAAUGUUUCAGAAUCCAAUCACAAUGAUCACACUCUCCUCGAAUUGAGCACACAUGCCAAGUCUCGCAUGUGGAGUUGCAGUCACUGCCCGUUUCGAACCUUUUCCAAAUAUUACAAUUACUUUGGCGAAUUCGACUAUGCCGAUCGCAUCAUCCAGGAUGCCUUUCGUGGACAAGAAAUGGAGUUGGACAAUGGCAAUAUGGAUUUGGGAUACUACUCCAAAUAUGGAUUGAAAGAGUUCAUUUCCAAGGCCAUUUCCUAUCUUAGCAUUUGGAUGUACACCAUUCGCCAACUGGAACAAGCCGUGGCAGACUGUGAAAAGGGAGAAUUUCUACAGGCGGUACACUUUUGGGACGAAGCCGUUGCCAUGUACACGGGAUCUCGGGGUAUGAAUGAAGGGGACAAUAGUAGCAAUAAUGGAGAUUUGAUGUUGCACCAAGCCGAUUUGCGGUGUCAAGAAUUUAAUACCUGCGGUGCCUCGAGUGACAGCCGCACGGGCCAAUCCUACGUCAAUUUGCAAGUGUUUGCCCACUUUGCCGACGGCCAAUACAGUUUGCUGCACAAUCGGUGCGAACAAGCUGCCCAGAACAAACAAGAGAUUAUCCGUCUCAUGACCAUUCCGUUAGUGCAAGCCACCUUGCGGUAUGCUCACAUCAUUGCGCACGAAACCUAUUUCAAUGAAAAGCAUGGUUCCCAAGCAUCCUUGUACGCGCUUUCGAUACUUCCCUUGGUGCACGACUGCAGUCCUCCAGAUGCUGCUGUUUUGUACCAGGAAUUAAAAUCCAAGAAUACUGCCGACGUAAAUUUUGGGGCCGUCCAACAAGCCUUGGAGAAUACCUACUCGUGUUUGAAUAUUCAAUGUUCCGAAAUUGGUGGCAUUUGGGACGAAACGAUUGGGGAUUACAAGUACGAUGCCUAUCCCUGUGGAGCAGCAGCCCAAGGAACGGCGGGCAACUUUCUAGAUGCCGUAUUAGCCCAAGGAACGGCGGGCAACUUUCUAGAUGCCGUAUUAGGUGGAGCCAUUGGAGGCCUGGUCUUUUUGACGGCCCUGGGAGUGUGGACGUGGCGGCGGAACAAGCUGUUGAAAAAAGAAGACGGAGAAUACUCCAGUAGUACUAGUACUAGCAAUUACUGGCAAGACGAUGCUGGCGAUGGCAAAGAAGGAGGCUUCCGAGAUGAACCCAAGUACGUGGACACUCCUAAAAUGGAGACAUCCCAGAAGCUACAGGAUGUGUUGACCCACAGUGUGGUAGGUGAUCAAGAAGAAGAACACGAGGAUGAGAACAGCACCAACUGGCAAGACGAAGAAGAGGUCGACUUUGGGGAGGAGUCCGAGUCCGAGUCCUCGUCCGAGGAGGACAACGACGAAGAAUUUCCAGAGGAUGAAGCCACGUACUCGGGCAAUCACAAAAGGUCAUCCAAUAGCUACGAGGUUUGA